UAAUUUCCGGUUAUUUACAAAUGCAGACAAUGUUCACAUUUUUUUCGCAAACAUCUAAAAAUCAGCUCUCAUUACUAUGAUUCCAUAGAAGGAAUCAUAAAUUGUAAAAGAAGAAAUGACACUAUAUUGUGUGAAUGAUUCAUUCAGCUCCAAAAUUCAAGAUGCUAUCUUGUCUGUUUGUGCAGAAAACUACUCAUCACAGGGUAUAGAGGUAGAUGGUAUUGUGUGUGUCACUUUCAGAAACCCUGCCACCAAUUGUGUUGUCAGGAUACACGAAAGUCUUGGAAAAGAGCCAAAUUACGUUCAGCAACCAAAAAGACAGGAUUUUUACCAGGAUGAAAAAUUGAAUAAGCAAGUGACACAGAAUACAGUAAAUGAAAAUAGACUUGAUGACCAGAAUGAACAUAAUGAACAAAUGUAUUUAUAUGAACAUGGUGAAGAUAAUGAUCUUCAAGAUUCUUCUGAGCAUUUACACGAUGACCAUGAUGACAGAAUGCAUUUAAUAGCUAGAUUCCCAAGAAGUCAUGCACAAUAUUUUGAAUCAACUCAAAUUGAAAACUCAGAAAAUGAAAGAGUUCAAGAUAUAAUUUCUCAAUCUUCAAAUUCUGACACAUUUACCCAUUCGGAAAAACCUAUAAGUGGCCUUGCCUGCCACACAGAUAAAUACAAUCAUACGAUUAAGAUUGAGAAGGAAGAUUGGAAUGGAUCAAACAAAUCUAGCAUCAUUAAUAAGAAAAGUAAUUUAGAGACGAUCAUUAACAGGUUCACCAAUGAAAAUAAUGCCAUAGUUAGGGAUACCAUGGAUACAGAUAAAGAACAUGCUGAUCAGGGACAGCAUUUUGAAUCUGAUAUUGAUAUGUACUUUGUUGAGCAUAAUAAUCAGGAAUCAAACAUGAAUUACCAUGAAGAUGAGUCUGAAAGUGAAAGCAGCACGGCUGCCAAAUAUGGUAAUCCUGUUUGUAUAGACCUCAGUGAAACUGAUCCAGAUUUAGUUGAAGUUCGGUCAGAAAUAGAAUCUCGUUUAAAGGCAGAAAUAAACAGGACACAUGGAAAAUUUAAAAUAUAUGACAAUAUGCAGACAUCAUUUGAGACAAACAGAACAAGUUCCUCCUCUUGUACCUCUCAACAGACACAACAUACCUCUAAUUUAGAAAAUCCAAACAGAACAAACACAAAAUCUCUCUCUCAAAUAAAGCAAUCUUUAAAGGGAUGUUUUGGGAAAUCAAGAUAUCGACAUCAUGGAAAUAAGUCGAUGCCCUUGUUGUCAUUUGAACAAAAGAAAGUGUACUGUAAAUUCUGUGGUGUAGGAUUCACAAAUUCUGGAAAUAAAAAUCGCCAUGAGCGUUCAACAUGUGGUGCUGUGAAAUACAAAUGUGAGUUUUGUGAUUCUUUGUUCAGUCGUUCCGAUAGCAGAGCAAGACACAUGCUUUAUUGCCAUGGUCUUGCAAUCAAAGACAGAUUAUCAAAUAUAUCACCAAAGAAAUCUGGUGGCUCACCUAAGGAUAUCAAAUUAGGAUUAUCGUCUACUUUAGCUUCAGAAAAUCUGCCAAAUUUUAAGAAUUUUUCAGAUGCCGAUGUUCACUUUAAUUCACCAAUAGAUAUUCAGAACUCUGAAUCUUUGUUAGCAGUAGAAUGAUAUCAUUUUGUGCCAAUAUAGAAUAGAAAUUGUCAUUAGAAAUAAAAAACAAUGUAUUUUA